CUAUUAAAUUUUUAUAAACUAUUGCGUAAUAUUGCAGAGAAUGAUUUUUUGUUUAAAUUUUGUUUUGAAUAUAUCGGAAGAUAUAAAUGGAAAAGAAGAAAAGUGCUGGAUGUGAACACCGGUGACGCGAUUAGUGAAAUGCUGAGAGUGGACAGUUCCGGUGAUAAUGAUGGAGAUGUUAGUGACGAAGUUACGUUGGACCGCGCGUUGCCUUACGGUUACGCUGAGCCGCGCGACAACUUUGACACCAAUUCGUGCGCCAGCGAUGACGCUUCCGAGACAAAACCGCUCUUCCACAGCCAGAAAUCCUCUGACGCAACCAUUGUAUGCCGUUCAUAUCAAUCGGAUGAAGAAACUGCUUAUGAAGUUCAUAGCUCCGUCCUGGCCGUGUCUUCCCCUGUGUUAUGUGCCGCUAUUGCUGUGGCUUCUUCUAUGCCAUGUUCUCCCGUUUUUUGGCGGGUCGAGCUGCCGAAUUAUAGUUUCUUACCACACGAAGACUACGACGACCAUGAAAUUUGGGGUUACAGAGAAGUUUGCUUCAGAAUCUCUUUCGUAAACGACCGAUUUAUGAUCAGAAUAGAAGAACUGGAUUCAGAUAUUGUAAAAGCUUUAGUUAAUAUGCUUUACUGCGAACAAAGUUCACUUGCUGUGCAAAAUGUUCCUCUAUUAUGUGCUUUUUUGAAGCAUUUAGAAUGCAACUUCGGUGAUGCAUUUGAAGUCGAGCGUAUUUGCAAAUUAAAAGGGAUCAACACUGACAUCGGUGCUCAAUGUGUCUUCCUGGGUGAAGAAUUAAAUGUGAUGAACAUUGACUUCUUGGUUUCGAUUUUAGUGGCAAACGAUAAUGAACAGGAAGCAUCCGUGGCGAUGAAAGAGUUCCAGUUGUCUGUUCUUAGCCAAUACCAAUUAUCGUAUGGUGUUACGGCUCUCCCAUCACACGACUUCUUGUGUGCCCGGUCCUUUUGUGAUCUUGUGAAUCUGGUAUUAUGUAACGGUUGUACGUUUUCGGCUCAAAUCCCAGACAAUGUCUGCUUGGGACAAGUGCGACAUGUAGCUUUCGCGACAGUGCCAGACGUAAAUGUUAACGGGAGAAUGAAUUUUUGUGUAGCAUCUUGCAAAUGGAGUCUGAAAUUUGAAUUUGAUAUUGAUACCAGCGAACUAAUGCCUGGACUAACGUGGGACUUGGGGUAUGUAAAACUAGUUGAUUGCUCCUGUCACAAUUAUUCUGGACUUGUCCUAAAGUCAUUAUGCCUGAGACCUUUCUACACCAACCGCACUGAUAAUAGAUUUCAUUCGUCAGAGGAAAGCGUUACUGAUGCCAUAAUGCCCGUUAAAUUUGUCAAUAAUACUCUUCCAUUUUUAGCGAAGAGAUUUUCUACGAUUAGCUCACGCGUUGUCAAAGAAAAUGAAAAUGGCCAUCCACUCGCUAAGUCAUCGACGCCUGAAGUCAGCUCGAUAAUUUCAAAUGCCAGAUAUACUGAUCAAAUUGCCGAGUCUUUCAAACAUGCGCCAAGCUAUUCAAAUAUAUUUGAAGUUACAUGCAGGACUAAUGCUAGUCGCCGAUUGACGCCAAGUAAACUAGCCGACAAGGACGCCUCUCCAGUUGUUACUCUCGCUGUAAGAAGUGUAUCAAUUUCCCAUCCUUCUCAACAAGCUAUGAAGACAACCAGGAAUGAGCAGGAUGAGCGAGAUCACGAUAACUCUAAAAUGCCUGAGUCACUCGACCUGGUUCAACCUUCUUCGAAGCGCCGGAAAACCGAGCUAGGCCAAGAAUUGUUUUCGGUUUAUAAAGAUACAUGUAAUCAUGAGAAUAUUUCCUCAAUCGAAGAUAACAAACUGCUUCCCGAUGUGUUUUCGAUAAAAUCGGAAGUACAAACUGCAUCGUGUGAGGUUUCAGAAUCAGAAGAAAAAUAUCAAGCAUCUCCCAUGAAGAUCGACACGACUCUGCGCAAGUGUCCGGCGUGUUCGAUGCGAUUCGUGUCGCCUCAAGAAGUCCUGAUCCACAUGCAGCAACAUCUUGGUGAGAUACCGAGGAGUUACGGCAUUCGAUGUGUUGAUCCGCGAUGUCCAGUGUUAGUUAAAGUCUUCAACGAGACAUCGCAUUUAUUGAAGCACGUGGUGCGAUCCAUGCACGACUGCAGGUAUUGCUCCUUUUCCUCCGGUACACGCGGAGGACUGGCAAGACAUCACUGGAUUCACGAGCAACGAGGCCGAGUUCGGUGCAAGAAAGAACGCGAUGCAGUUGGCGACGACAACGAUGAUGAGUUAAAUUCUGACCAAGAGAUCACCAGUGCACCAGACACAUCUUUCCAGAUGAAACGCUUCAACUGCGGUGGAAAUAUGCUUUCUUCUUUGAAGACCAGGAAAGUGAAACGCAAGAUUCGUAAAAAUGAGGCCCAUGACGAAGAUUUUUUGCCGUCUUCCCGAAGUGGCUGUCGGAGUGGUGGGCGGAGUGUAAGCACUCCACAUCUCGGUAUCCGCCUCCCCCAGUAUGAUGACCUUCACUUUAGAGAAAAUACCCCGGAUGAAAUAGCUAUGUUCACGCCGCCAAAGAAUUGCUAUGUGUGCGGUCUUGGGUUUUCGGAAACGGACUCGGCUGUUGACAUGGCUCUGCAUUACUACGAGCAACACAAGAAUUUGGUUCCCUUUGAAUGUCCAUUCCCGCAGUGCCCUCUGGUGCUGCGGCAAGCGGCGCUGAUGUUGGAUCACCUCAGGAACCACAUGUGGCGGCAGCGGUUCUCUUGCGUCGACUGCAGCUACUCUGCCAACGCAUCAAAGACCAUAAAGCUACACGCUAGGGCUCAUGUUCACGUGCAAAAGCCCGUUCGUCGUCGAACUGGUGCGCUUUGUAACGACAGUGACGAGGAGGGCAGAGCAGCGGGGCCCGGUCGGUCUGACGACAGUCGCGUUGCCGACUUGCGUGGCAUGCGCUCCAUCGCUCCUCCACCCAAGCCCGCCACUCCUGUUUGUGCCGUCGAAGACGAUACUCCAAGGUCGGCUCCUGUCAUCGCUGCUCGCAAGUUCGUACAGCCGUUUGUUUCUAAAAAUCACAAGACGUCGAAGAUCUUGCCUUGCGUUGCCGGUUCGCGUGAUAAGUUUGUAAGGCCUUCAUCAUCCAUAUUAGCUUCUCAGUUCUGCCUGAUGCGUAGCAACACCGUCCCUGGUCGUCAUGCGAGUCACUCUACGCGGCCUCAAAUCGCCCCACACGGCAAAUCUCCAAUGACUAAACAUCGAAAAACUGCCGCCGGGACUUCAGAAGCGUCCUCGGCCCGUCGUGUUAAUGCCGCUGGCCAAAAAAUUUACCGAUCAAAUUCUCUAGAAGGCUCCACUGACUUUAAGACGCCGUUGAAAGUGACGCAUGGACUUCCAAGAAACGGCAAGAACAAUGAAGUGCCAGUGGGACUUAUCCGUACAAGUUUGGCUGCAACUCUCUCUUCUGUGACCAUUACUGCAGCUGAUUCCUACGCGAGACGACAAAACUCUGGACGUGUGAAGAACGAUCCGCCCACCAGCAUUCCGAUCUCAAGCAUCCCGGGCCUGAGCAAACAACAGUCGGAACUACUGGCACAACUUGUCUCGAACGUGUCCGUUACUGUCACCAUGACACCACCGGCACUCGAGACAAAAACGAAAUCACUGGAGCCUUUUUCCAAAAAUGAAAGAAAAUGUCCUGACAAACGGAAAUCUACUGUAGGAAAAUCGCAUGAUGAACAGUGUGGUAACAAUAACAAGAAGCGGCAAAGAAAAGACGAUGCUCAGUCGUCUGGUCUUCGUUUGUCAGAAACGAGUAUUAAAAAGGCAGGUAAGAAUGCAUCUGGAGCUUUUGAACUCCACACAAUGAAUCCAAUCAUCUUAGAUAAUACACUGGCUUACUCCUGUCCUCAUUGUGUGGCCCAGAGAAAAACUGCUUUAGAAAUUUGUAAACAUUUUUUUGACGAGCACAUUUCAAAGUCGGAAUUUUUUUGUCCUUUUUGUCUGUUCUACGACGUUCUUGAUAACGUAACUCGUCUUGGUAGGACAAACUUUCGGCGUAAGUGCCUGCACCAUUUGCUCCGCCAUUACAAUAGGAAUGUUCAAGUGACAAAUGAGAGUGAGAGACCUCACGAUAACAGUCAUUCAAUGCCUGUGUCAAAGUUAUGUGAUGAAAAUUGUGACAAUAAGCCCUUGUUGAUGAAUGGACAGAACUGCAAUUCAAUUAUGUCGUCUAGAAACGGCUACUUCUCUGAUGAAAAUUUUAUUGAGCCUGCUCGAAUAAACCCGUCGCUGGAAAGGAAGGUUAAUCAAUUCACAGCUGAGGAAAACCAUGAGGGGAGAGAGAGUUCCAAUGAGCAAAACUCUUUUUCUGACCAAGAUGAUUAUGAUUUUGUCCCCAGCGACGAUCUUGACGACGAGGAUGAUUUAUAUUCACCCUCUAAACCAACGAAGAAAAGAAUAAACGAAGCAUCUAGAAAAGAGUCGAACAAGCGUUCAAAAAAAGCAAAGAGAGAGAUGUUUCGUCCGCCAGCUAAAGUACAAAAGGGGGACAAUGAGGUGGCUUGCGUUGACAGAGCCAAACGAUCAGGUGAUGAAUAUUCCAAUAGAUUCAAAUCAUCAGCCCCUCGGCAAAACUUGAAAGGAAUGAAGACAGCCUCGGUUGACAUCUCAGCUUCUGGCAGCCUAAAACGCGAACCUUCUUUGUGCAACAACACCAAGAGCGCCGAAACUCGUGAAGACCAGACUGAAACGGAGGGACUUGCAUCGGAGGAGUUAUCUCCUUUUAUGGCAUAUUUCCAGCAUCUCUAUAGAGAACGUUUAAAGGCCGUAGCGGCCUACGAUUCGGGGCAUUACUCCUCGGAUACCCCAUUGUCCUACGACGAGUUUAAGAUGCCACUUACUCCCAUCACUUUACAUGGAGCGUCUUCUUUUGCCGAGGCUAAGUCUUCAGGAUUGAAUUCCACUGAAGCACUCGAUCCUCCUGUUCUUGGCACCAAAUAUCUAUUGCCUUCGGGCCAGCUAGAUCAUUGCAGUAACUCAGCACUGAAACCUCAUGGUGCAUUAAAACGUGAAGGAGGACAAAUUCAACAGAUGACUGAAACACUUGACUUGAAAUUGGAAAAUAAUUCUUCAUCUCAAUUAAAGAGUAAUUUCAAUACCUCUCAGAAUUUAAAUAAUCUGCGUCAAUAUUACCUAUUUUUCCAAGAAUUUCUUAAAGCAAUGCCUUCAGUUUCUGAACAGUGUAACACAUCAGAAAGUGUAAUGCUUCUAGCUAACCAGAUAUUAUCGAGCGCCAUUCUCGCUCAACCUCAAUGCAGACUAAAUUCAGAGUUGGAAAGGCCAGGCACGUCUGGAAUGAUGGAGCUGGACGCUGCACCAUUCGACCUGAAAAAUCAGCUCACGCCAACGACAUCUCAUGAUGUUAUUACUGACGCUGCACGGAGUAUUUCUUUGGACCGAGAAAUUCAGAAGAAAUAUUUGAUUGCCUUGAACCAGCUUUUGUUUCAGGCUCCUGCAUCGCAGCCCUGAUAAAUGUUAAACGACUAGCUUUAUCCGGUAUUGUGUAUUGGAAAGAUAUUCCUCCGCUUUGCCUCAGUCUUCCCUCCGUUGUACCUCAGUCUCCCCUCACUGCACCUCCGUCUUUCCCAGCGCUGUACCACCGUCUUCUCCCUGUUGUACUAGAAUCUUUGUCCUGUUGUACUAUUGUCUUCCCCAUGCUGUGCCACAGUCUUUCUCUGCCGUACCUCCGUCUUCUGUACCACCGUCUUCUCCCCGCUGUACACCCGUCUUCCCGCUGAUGUAUCACCUUCUUUCUCCUGCUGUAUCACCAUUUUCACUCGAACGUACCAUCGUUCCACCAUCAUUUCGUGCAGCUCAUACUAUUUAACGCUGAUGAAAUGUGGAAAAUGUAAUCUUGAUCAGACUUAGGAGUUAUUCAGUAACUUCCAGGGUUCGGAUAUGAACGUUUGCCAAAACCGGUUACGGCGUAACCUAAAGGAGUAAUUUUGUUUCUCACGUUGUACGCAAUUCUUGUGUAAUAGUUUUCAUGGCUUAUUCAUUCUAUUACUGGGGUGAGAGGCUGAAUUCUAAUUUAAUUUUCUGAUUUUUAAAAAAUUUUGUUGCUCUCGUAAUGGAAAUCAUUAUAGUUGUUCCCGUUGGAAAAUCAUUAAUUGUUUAAUAAUAACAAUACAUGUCGUUCCAUCACGCUGAUCGCCUUGUUCAUGUUGCUGUUUCUGGUAGUUAGUAUCUGUUGCUUUCAGUUCAAUUUUGACCGAAGUCAUUACUCUGUAUUAAGUAGAAAGGAGUCUUAAAAUUCUUCCUCUAGAA